GUCAGAGCGGAGGUUGUCGCAGUAGUUCUACGUCACCAGGGCGCCGCACGUGUUGAACAGCUGCUUAAAGGUGUCGCGCGCGGAGGAAAGGUGAAGGAAGCUGGUGAGGAGUACGCGUUUGGAGAAAUAUUGUCUGCAACAGACUGCAAUGCGUGGAAAGAAACCUUUGAAGAGGAGCGUUCCUGCUGAAGAAAGCAAUGGUACUCUUGAGGUUAAAAAAUCUAAAUUGGUCAUUCAUGGCUCCUACAACACUGUUGGUGGUUUGGUGCUCGCCCUUGGACAAGGUGAUGUGGGUCAGUUGGGCCUUGGAGAAGAUGUAAUGGAACGAAAGAGGCCAGCACUUGUACCGCUUGAAGAACCAAUAGUACAGGCCGAGGCUGGAGGAAUGCACACCGUUUGUCUUUCAGUAUCUGGCAGUAUUUAUACCUUUGGCUGUAAUGAUGAAGGAGCGCUAGGUCGGGACACGUCAGAGGAGGGCUCAGAAACAGAACCUGGAAAAGUCCAGCUGGCAGAAAAAGUCGUACAGGUGUCUGCAGGGGAUAGUCAUACUGCUGCCUUGACGGAAGAUGGAAAGGUGUUCAUCUUUGGAUCAUUCAGGGACAACAAUGGUGUUAUUGGAUUACUGGAGCCUAUGAAGAAGAGUAUGGUUCCAGUGCAGGUCCAAGUAGAUGCUCCUGUAGUGAAAAUAGCAUCAGGAAAUGACCACCUUGUGAUGCUUACCACCGAUGGUGAUCUGUAUACAUCAGGAUGUGGCGAACAGGGACAGCUGGGUCGAGUACCAGAGCUAUUUACUAACCGUGGAGGACGCAAGGGCCUAGAGAGGCUGCUUGUUCCUCAGAGCAUCCGCCUUAAGGUGAAAGGUUGUGGACGUGUUGCAUUCCGAGAUGUUUUCUGUGGCGCUUAUUUCACAUUUGCUGUGUCACAAGAAGGUCAUGUUUAUGGAUUUGGCCUCUCUAACUACCAUCAACUGGGUACCAAAACUACUAGCUCAUGCUUUGCACCCAAAAACUUGACCGCUUUUAAAAACUCAACAAAGUCCUGGGUAGGAUUUUCUGGUGGACAGCAUCAUACUGUGUGUCUUGACUCUGAAGGAAAUGCAUACAGUUUGGGGCGUGCCGAGUAUGGACGACUUGGCCUUGGAGAGAACUCUGAAGAGAAAAGUGAACCAACACUGAUACCUGGUCUCCCUAAAAUUGCUUCUGUAGCAUGUGGAGCUUCUGUCAGUUAUGCUGUAUCUCGCAAUGGCCGUGUUUUCUCCUGGGGUAUGGGAACUAACCAGCAACUUGGUACAGGGGAUGAGGAUGAUGUUUGCAGUCCUUAUGAGAUGACAGGAAAGCAGCUUGAGAACCGAGACGUGUUAUCUGUGUCCAGUGGCGGUCAACACACUGUCCUAUUGGUGAAGGAUCGCAGCUGACGCUCUCAGGGAUUGGCAAUUGGCUAAAUGGAGACCUCUAAGCCUCUUGUUCUUCAACCCGGCCACCUAUGGACUUUUUAAUUAACCUUAAAUUCGCAAAAUCCUCUUUGUGAGAGGCUGCCUUAUCUGACAUCGGCUUCUACUAUGUCUGGGCUUGUCCACGUGGGAGGUUUUUUUUUCACACUUCAGAAACACCAGUUUUCAUAUGUUCCUCAGACUUCAGAGAGAAUUCACCUUGAAUGUAUGCAAUUUUUUUUUUUUUUUUUUUUUUAAAUCAUUAAAAAAAAUAUAUAUUCUUUUAAUUCUCUUUUUUUGCAUGGGAAAAAUGUCUGCAUCUGUUUCCAUAUUUCUGCAAAUUGUAAAGCACUGUAACCACUUUUUUUUUAUGAAAGUUUUUAUGAAAACUUGUUGGGUGUGACAAAACGUUCAUGUGGAUAUAGCCAUACGGGCAUACUUUGUACAGCUUUGUAAGGGGUAGUGAUAUGCACUGUUCUUUAUCCCAAAGCUGCCGGUCAGAUUGGUUCCUUUGGGUUACUGUAGUUUCCAUACAGCUCCCCUUAACCCAUUAAGUGUGACUUUAUUCUUAUGUGAUCCCGGCAUUGAUACAGUCAUCUAUUUGCCCUGUCUCCAUUUUUAGUUUUUUUUUUUUUUUUUUUUCAUGCAUUUUUAACAUUCUGUUUACCAUGGCUCAUCCUUUUGUCUUACUACUCAUUAAAUCACGUUGGGAGAGGAAAAUGUCUGCCCUGCUCCUAGGUCUCUGGGUUUUGUUGACCAUGCUAAAUAGCUUUAUUUUUUUAAUACUCAGUGAUUGUCAAAGGCAUGGGUGUGUAAUACUGUAGAUUAUUUUCCAUUACUCUUUAAAAGUAUGAUUCAUUUGCUUGACAGAGAUGAACAAAAUUUUUAAUAAAAUUAUCUUUGGAAUAAAUCUUUUUCAUAAA